AUGGCAGCGGCUUCAGGUGCCUUGUGUGCCGCCGGGCGCGUAGUGGCAGGUGGUGGUGCCUUGCAGAAGGAGGGUCAGACUUUACGAGAGGGGGAGCAGAACACUCAAGUCUUGCGGGAGAAGCUCAAAGGACUAGAAAAGGAGCUCACGGAGGUUCUGCAGCCGAGAAUGCGGAGAUGCAACGAGGAGGCCACCGGCCGUCGUCAACGCUGCGGAGACCUCCAAGAGGCCAUUGAACACUUGGGCGAAGCCCGUGCAAAAGCAGCCGAGGAGGUGGGUGGCCUCUCAAAGAGGCAGCUCUCCGAGAUCCGGCGACUCCUAAGGAGUCCGCCAGAACCGGUGAAGCGCACCUUAGCAGCCUGCUGGCUGCUAUUGCACUGCCAGCGCUUCAAAGAUAAGCCCAGUGCUGUUCGCUUUGAUGAGAAGACGGAUUGGCCGCGGUGCCAACGAAUGUUGGUCGAUGAGGGAUUUAUUGCCUCGGUCCUGUCCUUUGACUCCAAACAGCUGGAUGAGGUCCCAAGCGUCCCGGCCUGUGUGGCGCAGAGCUUGGGAAUUGCUGAUGCAGGUGCUCCAAAGGUGCGCCCUGCACUGCGGCGAAGCGCCACAGUCCCGGUGAAGCCGCAGCCUCCCUUGGACAUUGCGGCCGUGCUCCGAGCCUCGGAGCCCUGCGGCCCCUUGUUGCACUGGGUGCAGGCGCUGAUUGUCGAGCACACCGAGCGGAUAAAGCUCCAAGCAGAGUUGACAGAGGCAGUUGCGGCCAGAACAAAGGCAGAAUCAAGCGAAGCGGAGGCUGAAGCAGAUCUUGCAGAAGCUGAGGCAUUGCUGGGUCGCUUGCGAGAGGCGCUUGCCAGCCAGGAAGCUGCACUGGAACAGCUAGCUGCCGAGAAGAUGGCGGCUGAGAAGGCUUUGCGUGAUAUCCGUAGACUUGACAGCAUCGCUGUCCCCACCAAAGCGCCGAAAGUGUCGGAGUCACCCAAGGCGUCACCAGAGAAGAAGGCAGAGAAGAUACCGAUUCCCAUCGAGUUGGAAGUGAGCGGGACGUUGGCAGCUGUAGAACAGAAGCUGGCCCAGUGUGGGGUGCCCUUCAAACGUGCGGAUGCACAAGUCUUGGAGGGAGAUCCUCAACAGGCUCUGAUCUUGCCACGAAUUGCGGAGAUUUUGAAAGAUCACCGUGGAAAGCUCAAGUUGCUGUUGGAAGGACACCAAGCUGAGGGAGAAGAACCAGGCACUGACCUGGAACGUAGCCUGGCCGUCUACCAAUGGUUGGUUGAGGUAGCUGGCUGUGCUCCAGGGCUUUUGCGCUUGAAGGGUUGCGGCUCCACCGCAGGGUUGGGGCAGUUGGUGGUGCCUGUGCCCAUCCAGGAGCUCGUGAUUCGUUCCGGUCCCAAGCCUGCGGAGAUGGAGGGCAUGAACUUCCCCAGCGGCCUUUACUUCGCCAAGGACAGCACAUCGCUCUUGCCGGAGAUUGAGGUGCUUCUGCCACCACUGGGAAAGGCCUUAGAGGAGCAUGCUGUGAGGUUGGAAGGGCAUGUAGAUCGAGAUGAGAAUCCCGACCUGGCAGGCCGACGGGCGGUCCGGGUCCGUGAGCUCCUCAUGGAACUGGGUGUCCCUCGGACCCAGAUGCGGCCGCAGAGCUGCAAGGCUCUUCAUCCUUUGAGCCGCACACAGCUGGCAGUGAAUCGGCGGGUGGAGCUUCACAUCCUGUGA